AUGUCACAACCUGUGGCAGCAGCGGCAACUAAAACUUCACCUCGAAAGGGUACAUACGGUCCUUUGGCGGAAGCCCUGUACUAUCUGGUGUCCUUCAUCGAAGGCUACGACCAACAGAUUCUGUUCCUGCGCUUUUUACAUGGCUUUGGGUUCGCUUGUGUCUAUCCCGUGCAACAAAAGAUUGUUGCAGAGUCAACAAUGUCGAAAGAAGAAGAGGAUAAAAAGAAAGCAGCGCAACAGCAGGGAAAAGGCGGCCCGUCGGGACCAUCCGGACAAUCGGAAGACGCGGCAUCAAAGAAGAAAAAGGAAUCAAAAGAAGCUAGUAAAAAGUUCACGAUCUUCCAGGCUCUCAAUUGUAUUGGACGGUUGUUAUGCGCAGUGAUAACUACGCUUAUUGCGAAGAAAGUAUUAUUGGGCUAUUAUGGCUGGCGUACGUCCUACGUUGUGUUGGGGUACGUGUGGAUAUUGUUUGCCAUUGCGAUUGUAUUUGGAAUGGAUUUAAAGGCAUGUAAUAAGAAUAAGGCCUCUCCUAAACACAGCGGAGAAUUUUCGAAGCGUAUAUUGGAUGCCUUUGGAGCAGUUUUUGGGUGUAGGACAGCAGGGAUCUCCAUUUUUACAUUAUUCAUCGCAGAAGCCCCAAUGUGUGCCUUUAAUUAUAUGACCAUAUACUUGCAAUAUUUGGGAGUCUCUGACACAAUGGCAGGCGUUGCGAUUGCAAUUACAUUGAUUGGUGGCGCAGCGGGAAGUGGAGCAGGGGGGGUUAUUAUAGAAAAAAUUGCGGGCAAAUUUCAAGACUUCGGUGAACUUAGUUCUGGUAUGGUAGUAAUGGGCAUCCGACUAGUCGUGUGUCUGUUGUUCUUCUUGGGUAAAGCGCCAUGUGGUAAGUUGCUUUGGUAUCAUUACGUAGAGUUGGCAACGCUUGGGGCAACACUAGUAACGGUUGGUGGUGUAGAUAGGGCCAUUAUGAAGGAUUCAAUCGACGAUCAACAUCAGGCUACCGGAUCUGCAAUCAUUCGAACCAUAUCAGGCAUUUCAAGCAGUAUAAUUCUUUACCAGGUUUCUGCAUAUUUGACCGAGAAGGUUUUCGGCUACGUCCCCUCUAGGGAGUCUUUUGAAACCAUGGCUACAGAAGUUAAAGAGCGAAAUGCCGAAGCCCUGCGGAAAUCAAUGAUGUACAUUAUUUUGGCAGGCACAGCGCUCAACGUUCUUUGCUAUGUUGCAAUGUGUUUCACUUAUAAAGAGGACAGAAUGAGUAAAAAGAGUGACAAUGCACAAAACGGAGAGCAAGACGCACAAACGCAGGCACAAGAACAAACGGGAGACUGCUCUGUCGGAGGAAACGAUUCUUGA